GGAAGGUGCCAGCCAGCAGCAUCCUGGCCAGUGCUCCCUCGGACAAAAACCUGGAUGCUUGGAGGGAGUCGGGCUGUCGGACCACACACUGCAACCUGGAGGUGCUGCAGGAGAGCACCGUGGUCAUCCUGGCCACCAAACCCCACGUGCUGCCGGGUGUGCUGCAGGAGAUCCGUCCUGCUGUGGGACCACACCAUGUCAUCAUCUCAUUGGUGGCUGGUGUCACCCUCCAGACACUGCAGAGGCUUCUCCCCAGUGGGACCAAGGUGCUGCGGCUCAUGCCCAACCUGCCCUGUGUGGUGCAGGCAGGAGCGAUGGUCUUCGCCCGGGGCAGUGGUGCUGGUGACGAGGAAGCCACCCUGCUGAAGAACCUGUUGUCCUCCUGUGGGCUCUGCGAGGAGGUCCCUGAGUCCUACAUCAACAUCCACACCGGCCUCAGUGGCAGUGGCGUGGCCUAUGUCUACCUGUUUGCUGAAGCACUGGCUGAGGGAGCAGUGAAGAUGGGAAUGCCGGGUGGCUUAGCCACCAGGAUCGCAGCUCAGACGCUGCUGGGUGCAGCAAAGAUGAUGCUGGAGACGGGGGAGCACCCGGCGAAGCUGCGAGGAGAUGUCUGCACGCCCGGGGGCACCACCAUCCACGCACUGCACCAGCUGGAGAAGGGCGCGUUGAGGGCCACUGUCAUGAACGCCGUGGAGGCGGCCACCAACCGGGCACGCAGCAUGGCCGAGGACUAA